GAGCGGGGCGCGUCGCCGGGUGCGCCAGCGGACGGCCAGUGCUGCGACGGCCAAUGCCGACAGUGCGACGCGCGCCAGUGCAGCGGCCAGUGCGACGGCCAGUGCGGCCAGUGCGAUAGCUGCGGUGGCCAGCGCGGACAGUGCAACGGCCAGUGCGGACAGUGCGACUGCUGCGACGGCCAGUACGACGCCUGUCGCCACGGCCAGUGCGACGGCUGCAACCGCCGCGACGGCCAGUGCGACGGCCAGCGCGGACAGUGCAGCGGCUUGUGCGUCCAGUGCGACGGCCAGUGCGGACAGUGCGACGGCCUGUGCGGAAAGUGCGGCCAGUGCGACGGCCAGUGCGGACAGUGCGACGGCUGCGACAGUGCGACGGCCAGUGCGACAGUGCGACGGCCAGUGCAACAGUGCGACGGCCAUUGCGACAGUGCGGACAGUGCGGGCAGUGCGACAGUGCGACGGCCAGUGCGACGGCCAGUGCGACGGCCAGUGCGACAGUGCGACGGCCAGUGCAGACAGUGCGACAGUGCGACGGCCAGUGCGACUGUGCGGACAGUGCGACAGUGCGACGGACAGUGCGACGGCCAGUGCGACGCUUACGACGGCCAGUGCGACGGCGGCGACAGCCACUGCGACCGCUGCGAGGGCUGCGACGGCCAGUGCGACGGCUGCGUCUGCGGGUCCGUGCGAUGGGACAUCGCGCGGGAGGAGGCCGAGAUGGUGCUGGGCGGGGUCACGGACGACUCCGUGAUCGUGUUGAGGCCGUGCCUGGACGUCUCGGCGGAAACGUUGCUGGAGCGAGUGGCGUCGGGCCUGCGGGGCGCUGCAGAGGUCGGCGACGGCGCGGCGUACAUCGGCAGCACAUCGGACCCGUCCUGGAGGUGGAGAGGUGGGCGGUGCUAUCGCGGAGACGCCUGUCUCCCUGAGUACAUGCCCGGGCACUGCCGCCGCUGGCGGACAAUGAUCGUCCUCGGCAGCUGGCCCGACCGCGAUUGCAGAAUGGCCGAGGUAGCAGCGCUGAACGCCGCCGUGCAUAGUGGCCAGCUCCUCAAUCGCGCGCUCGAUGCGAGAG